CCUUACAUACACUCGGCAACAAUGGUUGUUCGCAUGCGUCUUGCCCGGUUCGGUCGACGAAACCUUCCCUAUUAUCACAUCGUUGUCGCCAAUGCCCGUACCGGCCGCAACAGCAAACCUCUUGAAAAGAUCGGCACAUACAACCCUAUUCCCGAUGACGCCGGCAAUAAGAUGGUCAAUCUCAACUUUGAACGAGCCAAGUACUGGUUGACAGUCGGUGCUCAACCCACCGAAACUGUUGAAAAGCUUCUUGUCAAGGCUAAUCUGGUGCCUCAAGCACCGAAACCGUGGAUGAAGGAAGCAGCAAAACGAUUCACCCAAGAAGCAUAGAACGACUAGACAGACAAAAAAUAAUAAUCAACCAUCACUUCAUACUUGUCAAUAUAUUUUUUCUCUUGAUUUCCUUUUUGUCCAAAAGCAGCCAACAUGCCAGCAACAGCAAUUGAUGUUUUCCGCAUGGAAGGGUCGCAUCAGCACUUGCAAGCUUCAACACCAAGCUCAGGAUAG